AUGGAAUCAGGAGCUGCUGUCAAGCAUAUUUCCGGAGCAGGAAAUGCGGAGAAUCAUGAGGAUCAAGACUUGUGGAAAGGGCAGCAAGGACGUUUACAUAUGGGACGUAACAAGACGGGUUCCUACACGGUCAAGUCCGGGUAUUGGGUUCAGACAAAUGUGUUAAACAAGCUGACCUCAGUAGAGGAGGACCAACCGAGCCUGGACCGCCUUUAUCAACUAGCAUGGGGCACUGACAUGAGCCCGAAGAUCCAUCAUUUCCUUUGGAGAUGCAUAAGCAACUCUCUGCCUGUGGCAGGGAACAUGGCGCGCAAGCAUAUAUCAAAAGAAGCUGGGUGUCUCAGAUGUGGAAAUGAAGAUGAAAUAGUAAAUCAUGUGCUCUUCCAGUGCCCUUUUUCUCGACUACUGUGGGCUAUCUCUCCAAUUCCAGCUCCUUCUAAAGGGAAGGAGUAUGAGGCGAGAAGUGUCCUAACAAAGGCAAGUGAGGAUGCUGAGGAAUGGCAGGGAAGGAAAACGGUAGAAAGAAGUGAGGCUGAAAGAACUGAGGUUAAGCGGCCCAUAAACAUUAACCAAGAUAAGCGUAGGGUUCCUCCUCCUAAGAGUUGGCUGAAGUGUAAUAGCGACAGCGCGUGGCAUAAAGACAGAGAAAUCAGCGGCUUAGGUUGGAUAUGCAGGGAUGAGAAUGGUAAUGUUUUGUGGGCAGGGGCAAGAGAUGUGACGAGAGCGGCAUCAGCCAUUCUUGCAGAAGCAGAAGCACUUAAAUGGGGCAUUCAGAGUUUUGAAGUGAGGUACUAUCCUAGAGGUAGGAAUAAGGCAGCUGACAGAAUAGCAAAUGAGUCUUUCACUUUUAUGUCUAGCGUUCCUAAGUUAUAUUCUUUAGUGCCAAUGUGGCUAAGGUACCAGAUUGAAGAAAAUAAAACUGUGUACCAGAACUUUGUUGGUGAAUGA